AUUGCACACACCACCACUCUUAAUAUGCCCCCCAAAACCGUCGAAGAGCAGCUCGCCGAGCUCGAAAUGAUGGGCGCGGACGAGGCAGCACCACCCCCGCCCAAGAGCUCCAAAACCACCGCCAAAGCACCCCGACCCGCCUCCACCAAGCCCGACCGCAACGACCUGGACGCCCUCAAGGAGCUGGAGGAGCUCGAGGCCCUCGAGAAAUUCAAACCCGCCAGCCGUCCAGAUACCCCCAGGCUCUCGUCGUCUGCUACCCGCCAUGCACCCAUCGCGACCCCGUCGUCGUCUGCCCCGUCCACACGCACCAGCGAGGAGAAGGCUCCUCCCGCUGCCCCCGCCGCUGUCCCCUCGCAACACGACGUCCUGCCCGAGCCUAAACAGCCUGCUGCCCCUGCUGCUGGCGGCUCGUGGUGGGGAGGCAUUCUGUCGACGGCGACGGCCACUGCUGAUGCCGCGAGGAAGCGGGCCGAGGCUGCCUAUGCCGAGAUUCAGAAGAACGAGGAGGCUCAACGAUGGGCUGAGCAAGUGCGCGGCAACCUCAAUGUGGAAACCCUGCGAGGAAUUGGCGGCGAACUCCAAAAGCGCGCCCUCCCCACCUUCUCCAACAUCCUCGAAACCAUUGCGCCGCCCAUUUCCCAGCACGAGCGUCUCCAGAUCCACAUCACGCACGACUUGGUCGGCUACCCUUCCCUCGACCCCAUCAUCUACCAGACCUUUUCGCAAGUAAUGUCGCAAGUCGAAGGCGGCGAUCUCCUCGUCAUCCAACGCGGUUCCGAAUCCACACAGCGCCGCCCUUCCCUAGACGGUUACCGCGGUGGAGGCAGCGGCUGGAACGACGGUCCCUGGUGGCGCCACACCGACAAACGCGAUCUCAGCAUCAUCAAAGGACUCCCUGAGGGCACCAAGCUCGCGCGCGUAAGCGCGGAAGCGUACUCAACCGAUUUCUUCUCCGCGCGAGGUGGUGUCGAAGAAGCGGCCAAACACGCUACAGAGGUCCUCAGCGAAUCAAAUCCCGUACGCAGCAGCGAUAUUUUCCUGUCUAUCCAGGCAAUCAGCUACACCGCGCCAAAAGACCUCUUCGCAAGCUCGCAAACGUCCGAGGAUAAAGAGAAGAAGGCCGAGGGAGGUGUCGAGGAACCUAAAGAGGAAGACGAGGAGUUGGUCGUCUUCGCUAUAUACCUCCACGACCCUGUCCACGCUAUCAGCUACCACGCCCUCAGUCAGUCGUUCCCCGCGAAAUGGAUCGAGUGGUUGGACGCCCCGGCUCCUGCUGAAACUGAGGGAGAAGAACAGCAGCUCCCUGUUGAAAUCCAGCAUAUCAUCCAAGACGGCGGCGUGGAUCCGCGUGAAUGGGUGGCGGAGUGGAUGGAGGAGACGAUUGGGUUGAGCGUGGGUAUCGUUGCGCAGCGCUAUGUUGCGCGGAGGAUGGGUGUUGGCGAGGGCGGCAUUGGACGUGGGAAAGCGAGGGAAGCUGUCAUUGAAGCCGGCGGCGGCGAGGCGGCUCGCGCGGGGAUUAUUUGA